GCUAAUUAUGUCGCGGCUAUUUCAAUAAGUUUGCAGGUGAUAGUUUUUUUUUCAUUAAGUUAGUGUAAGUUGACAACAAACACUGAAAACCAUGAUAUCUUGUUUGCCUCAAAAUGAAUUAUAACGUCAGUGUGUAGUAGUAUCGUGGAUUUUAUAUGAUGGAUUAUGCUAACAGCAGUCUCGAUCCUGAGGUUCUUGAGUUCUAUCGUCCAAACAGGUCAAAGCACAUUCGUUGCCAUUCUCAUCACCACACACAUCAGUUUGUCCAUCCUAGGCGCCCUCAUAAUUCCCAGCCCACUAAUCAGACACAACUGUCAAUAACACCGUACAAUAAGAAUUCUAAUUAUGCAACUCCUAACAUUCAUCAUGGGAACAUGGCAAAUUUUCAGGAUUCACGAAUACAUCACCACCGACCUCAGCUUCAGCCACAUGUUGCUCAUAAACAGCAUACAGAACAUUAUCACUAUCAUCUAAAUCAAAAUGCAUACAGGUCUUCUGUGAGUCCUCAAAAUCUCGGGAGUACUUGUGGUGGAAGUGUAAAUGCACUCACAUCAACUAGCGGUGUUAGCAGUAAUUCUGGUAGUUUAUGUACUAGCAGCAGCUCUCAUUCAAGCCACAAAUCUGGCACUAGUCUUCGUGCAGUAGAUCUAAUUCCUUUAUUGAAGAAAAAAAUCGCACUUUUACCUGGUGGUAGGUCGAGAAGAGGCGGACCCUUAUUAUGUUUUCCUUCCAAUUCACGGGCUAAUGAAAUCCCUAUUGAAGACUUGUAUGUCCUUGUGAGGUAUCUCACCUACCUCCCUGACGACAAAGUCAAGAGGUUGGGGUUUGUAGUGAUAAUCGAUAUGCGAAGUGGGACUACUUGGCACAGUGUCAAACCGAUUUUGAAAGUACUAGAAGAAUGUCUUGGUCAAGAUGUAACCUUGACAUUUAUAAUUAAACCUGAUAAGUUCCUUGAGAAACACAAAGCUCAGCUGGCGAGUGGAAAGUUCAGUUUUGAAAUACAACUAGUGUCUGUGGAGUCUUUGUUUCGUGAAGUUGAUCCUAGCCAGUUAACUUCUGAAAUGGAGGGAAGUCUUCCAUAUCAUCAUGAAGAGUGGAUCAAAAUUCGUUGCUGUCUCGAGGAAUUCUUUUUAUUUGCAAAUGAUAUGUCAGAAAAGUUUGGUCAGCUUUAUUGUUUUUUGGAUAGAAAACCUAAUCCAGAAUCUGUUGACGAAGCUAAACGUGCUUUAGAAGAGCAUAGAUCAGUACGUCUAAAGAUUGUUCAAGCUCCGGUUCCAGCUCUUGAAGCAGAAGCUGAUCGAUUAACAUCAUGGUUACGUUAUGGUAUAACUGCAUCACAAUCUAGUGCCAAUGCGUCCUCUGUAAAUUCUGGUUCUCAAACAUGUUCUAUUACUACUGCAUCCGGUGGUGGUGCAUCUUUCCUUGCAACAUCAUGGGUAUCUAUGAAUCCUGAUUUCCAACAGUUGGUUCCUCAGGUUCGGCAUACCGUCUCACAACUUUAUGAAUUUCGUACUCGUCUUCAACAGAAAUGGGAAGCUGGUAGAUCACGAUUAGAACAAAUAUACCAACUUCGGUUAUUUGAUGAAGAUGCUAGAGGAAUGUCUAAUUGGAUAGACCAACAGCGUCAUUUGUUUCUUACGGAGUAUUUAGAUAUUGGUCAAACUGCAUCACAUGCUGCUGAUCUACACGCUGAACACCGACAAUUUCUUUCCAAGUGUAGUAGUGUCCGAGAACAAGUUGCUCGUUUAACAGGAGUUGCUGGCAUGUUAGCUGAUACUGGUCAUUUUGCUAGUCAACAAAUUUUAAAACAGGCUAACCAAUUGGAACAUGAAUGGAAAUCGUUUACUGCAGCACUGGAAGAUCGUUCUCGUGUUUUACAACUAUCAGCCAGUUUUCAUGCAAGGGCUGAAUCAUUCUUAGCUAAUUGUCCACACUGGGAAAGUGCUAUGCGUCAAGUCAAUGGUACAUCUGUCCAUGAAUUAAAUCAAGCUUUGAUCACAUUACAAGAAUAUUGGCAAGAAGCACAAUCUGCUCAUGAAGAGGUUUGUGCUGAUGGUCGAGCACUCGCUAAUCAUUUAAGUUCACCUGUUCCUACUGGAUCGCAUACAUCUUUAACAGCUGCUGUCGACUACUCACAAGGUCGAAAACAUUGUACAGAUCUUGUUCACGAGAUUUGGGCUUGGUUUAAACAAUUAGAACGUGUUUUCGGCGAACGUCGACGUCGUCUUACAUCACGCUUAGCAUUAUUAAUGUUUAAAGAAGAUGUUGGUCAAGUGUUAGCUUGGUUAACCGAACAUGGAGAACCAUUUUUACAGCGCCAAACAUCUGUAGGCAAGUCUAUUCAACGAGCAGAACAGUUAUACAGUGCACAUAUGCAAUUUGAACAAGUUGCUGCUAAUACACUAACUAAUGCAGAAAAAUUGAUAUCAGCUGCAGAUGAAUUAGCAGCUCAAGCAGAUGAUCCAGAGGAAAUAUUACAGGAUGCAAGUGAACUACAACAUCGUAUUUCAGCUUUUACACGUGCUGUUGAAGUUCGUAGAGAAACUUUAGACCUAGGUUGUGGCUUUUAUUCACACACAAAAGAAGCAUUAGCUUGGCUUCAUAAUGCACGUGAAACACAUAAUCCAGGUGAACAUUUACCUGCUUCAAUUGAAGGUAUGGAAGAUGAAUUGACAAGUUUUCAUCGUAAUCGUGCAACUAUGGAAAAGGAUGUAGAUCGUGCUUUAGCAGAAGGUGAAGCUUUAAUAGCUAGACUGAAAGACUCUGAAGAAAUCGCUCAUUUACGUACUGUUUUAAAUCAAGUCUCGAAUGAACGAACAACUGUUUCUACACUGUUAACAGAACGUCAAGUACGCCUAGAUUUAUGCCUUCAACUUAGAUUAUUUGAAGCGGAUGUUCAUUCAGCGUUAGAUUGCCUACGUCAUAAUAUCCCAUCUUUAUCUAAUUUAAAUCAAUCCACCGAUGUUAAUUCCAUUCAUCAAAAUAACAAUUCUACAACUAAUCGUUAUUUUUGGUUAGCUGAUCCUAGGCAAGCACCGGAUAUGGCUGCUAUUGAAGAGGUGUUAAGUUCUUGUCUGUCUGUUUUACCAACAGCUGAAGAAGUUCUAAAUAAAGGUAGUGAACUAGCUAGAGCAUUUGAAUCAGUUGGAGUUAAUUUUCCUGCAGGUGGUCCAGGCUCUAGUGAUUCCGGUAUGGGUGAUAGUGCAGAGACUGCUGUAGAACGAGUUCAUCGUUUAAUGACUGAACUUGCUGAUGUUGUGACAUCAGUUGAUGUAUUGAAUGAACGCUUGAAUGGUGAAUUAGACUGGCGUCGUCUUCAAUUACAAAGCAGACAGGUGUUACAUUGGAUAGGUCAGUGUGAAAGUAUUUUACAUCAGACUGCUGUUAUUCCAUCUAGUCUAACUGAAGCAGAAACUCUUUAUGCUGAUCAUGAAAAAUUUCAACCAGUUUUAAAUGAUGCUCAUCCUCAAGCGGUUCAAUGCGCUGCGCGUGCAAGUUACUUUUUACAACAGACAACAUUGAAUAAUACAUCAGCAGUAAAUGCGAAUUCAUCAAAUAAUGAACAUCCAAGACGAAAAGAUUAUCAAUCUGUUGCUGAAACAGUAGCAAAUCGAUGGCAAAAAUUA